CGUUCCAUUGCACAGAGAACACCAAGCUUUAAAGAAAAAUCCCUCCCUAUUCUUUCUAUUAUUCAAUUAAGCGGAACAAAGACGCUAGCUUAACGAUGCAGGCGAUCUCUCCUUCGUCUCCGCUCAAGUCUUUGCUCCCGACUCGGCGUCCACUCGCCCGAGUCACUCCCAACAAACUAUCUGUUCAUUGCAUCUAUCGUUCAGAUCCCAUCCAUUUCCCCAACGGCGUUGGCUCCAGUCGAGCUGACUGGCAAACCUCUUGCGCUAUAUUAGCUAGCAGAGUUGUCUCUCAAGAGCAACCUACAGACAAAUCCAAUGGAGAUUACGGCGGCGAUCGUAGCGCCGACCAUGUCGCUGCUGUUAAUGGUCAUAAGACCUCUGUCGACCUUAAUUUAGUCCCUCUGAACAAAGGCUCUACUGAAGAUAACAAUAAGGCCAUGAAGCCUUUAACUAUUACAGAUCUCUCACCGGCUCCUAUGCACGGGUCUCAUCUCCGUGUAGCUUAUCAGGGAGUUCCUGGGGCAUAUUCAGAGGCUGCAGCAGGAAAAGCUUAUCCGAACUGUGAAUCUAUUCCUUGCGAUCAAUUCGAGGUUGCUUUCCAGGCGGUGGAGCUCUGGGUUGCAGAUCGUGCGGUUUUACCAGUUGAGAAUUCUCUUGGCGGAUCAAUUCACAGAAAUUAUGAUUUGCUCCUCCGGCAUCGCCUCCAUAUCGUCGGCGAAGUACAAUUACCGGUCCACCACUGUCUCUUAGCCCUCCCUGGCGUCCACAAAGAGAACAUUACUCGAGUGAUCUCUCAUCCUCAAGCACUCGCACAGUGCGAGCUAAGUCUCUCUAAACUCGGACUAAACGCCGCCAGGGAGGCAGUGGAUGACACAGCUGGAGCUGCAGAGCACAUAGCUGCCAACAACCUUCGCGACACAGCUGCCAUAGCAAGUGCACGGGCGGCGGAGCUGUACGGACUACAGAUACUGGCAGAUGGAAUCCAGGACGACUCAAGCAACGUAACGCGAUUCGUGAUGUUAGCGCGUGAGCCCAUAAUCCCGCGCACAGAUAGACCAUUCAAGACGAGCAUUGUUUUCGCACACGAUAAGGGAACGAGCGUGCUUUUCAAAGUGCUAUCAGCGUUCGCGUUUCGCAACAUCAACUUGACGAAGAUUGAGUCGCGACCGCACCGAAAUUGUCCAAUCAGGCUGGUGGACGACGCGAAUGUGGGCACAGCAAAGCACUUCGAGUACAUGUUUUAUGUGGAUUUUGAAGCGUCAAUGGCGGACGUUAGGGCACAGAACGCGUUAGCAGAGGUGCAAGAGUUCACAUCUUUCUUGAGGGUGUUGGGGAGCUAUCCUAUGGACAUGACCCCUUGGUGUCCAUCAAUGGGAAAUUAGCAAAGCCCACCAAUAGAAAAUUCGAGAAAAAAGAAACCCCUAAGUGUUAUUAUUUACACCAAAAGGGAAACUGAAUUUUUUUUAUUUAGAUUUUUUAUUAUUUUAAAUUGGGAAUUUUUAUUUCAACAAUGAGAAUAUAUUGGCGUAAAUAUUUUGAAAUUAAACAUAGUUGUUGGUGAAAGGUGUAAGAUUAUGAAUUACCCAUGGCCCUUUGUAUGUCAAGAGACCCUUUUGCUUAGAAGGGACAUGAAAAUGAAUAUAUCAUAAGACUUUUCCAUA